GGAGAUACAGGGCUGCAGGAUGGGGGGUUGAGGGCUGCAGGGACACAGGGCUGCGGGCAUGCGGGAUACAGGGAUACAAGGCUGCAGAAUGUGGGAUACGGGACUGCAGGAUACAGGACAUGGGAUAUGGGGCUGCAGGAUGCAGGAUGUGGGAAUACGGGAAGCGGGAUAUGGGUAGACAGGGCUGCAGGAUGCGGGAACACGGGAAGCAGGAUAUGGGCAGACAGGGCUGCAGGAUGCGGGAUACAGGGCUGCAGGGUGCAGAGAUAAGGGAUUCAGGAUAUGGGGCUGCAGGAUGCGGCGUUUGGGGACAGCGGAUUUGGGAUGCAGGCUGCGGGACGCAGGAUGCGGGACGCAGAGGCCAGUCGUGGAAAGCGCUGAGCGCCAGCGACAAGCGUCCCUUCGUGGAAGAGGCAGAGAGGCUGCGAAUCCAGCACCUCCAGGAUCACCCCAACUACAAGUACCGCCCAAGGAGAAAGAAGCAAGCCAAGAAAAUCAAGAGGAUGGAACCCAAUAUCCUCCUCCAUAACCUUUCCCAGCCUUGCAGUGACAACUUCAGCAUGAGUCACCAUGGCGGCAGCCAGCCGGGCCACCCCCAGCCUCCCCCACUUAACCACUUCAGAGAACUCCACUCCAUGGGGUCGGAUAUUGAAAACUAUGGCUUUCCAACUCCCCAGAUGUCUCCCUUGGAUGUCUUGGAACAGACCGAGCCAGCGUUUUUCCCUCCGCACAUGCAGGAUGACUGCAACAUGAUGCCCUUUCGUGGCUACCACCACCAUCACCAGAUGGAGUUUCCCCAGGAGAAGUGCAUCGGGCGGGACGUGGCGGUGCCCUAUGCGCAGACCCCCUCGCAUUUGGCCGAUGCUAUGAGGACUCCCCACCCAUCCAGCAUAUACUACAACCAGAUGUGCUCGGGAACUCAGAACGGGCUUUCGGCCCACCUGGGCCAGCUCUCGCCCCCUCCCGAAGCCCACCACAUGGAGAGCGUGGAUCACUUGAACCAAACCGAGCUCUGGACAGACGUCGACCGCAAUGAGUUCGACCAGUAUUUGAACAUGAGCAGGACUCGUCCUGAAACCUCAGGACUCCCUUACCAUGUCUCCCUGUCCAAAGUGACUCCUAGAAGUAUCUCCUGCGAGGAGAGCAGCUUGAUAUCUGCCUUGUCCGAUGCCAGCAGCGCUGUUUACUAUAGCCCGUGCAUCACAGGUUAGGUCUGCCCCCGUCCAACGCGUUCACCCGGGAGAGCCCCAGAGCCCGCAGCGCAGGCUCUCCUCUAAAAAAGAAAAGCCGUCUUCCUUUAACCACGAGCGCCAUAAUAUUUAGAGUAUCUCAUUAAAUGCAUCGCUUUCUUUUUUUUUUUUAAAAAAAAAAACAUGCUGAAGUCACUGAUAUGCCGUAUAACUAUAUAACACAGAUAGAUGCCUUUCCAAAGCCGAGGUUAACAUACGCACUAGCCUGCCUACCGCCCUCUCCCUGCCACCCUGCGCGUCCGGAAACCGCGCAAAGCUCCGCGCCGGCGGCCCGACCAGGUAGUUCGACCAGCUCGGGGGGAUUUUUUAGGCAAACGACAGCGAAUCCUGCCCAAAAACCGACGACAAACAGGACGAGCCAAAACAGCCUGCCCGCGUACUUAACCGCAGGGCAGACGAACUUGCGUGGGGAAAGCUUCAGGAGCGCUUUGCAGGGAUGGUUAAAGAUUCGGUGCCUAUUAGUGGGGGUCUUUAGGACAGUUUUUACUGUAUUAUCAGCAAUAUAUUUUAAUUGGGCAACAAAACUAUAUUUUUACUAAGCAUUUUUAUAUAUAAAAUGAUAUUUAAUGUCUUUGGGGGGGGUUUUUUAUUAGACUUUUUAAAAAUAAAUCAAGGGAUAUCCAUGAGAUCUAAAGCAUUUAUGUAGCAAAGCUGGAUUUAAAACAAAAAUAAAGGAAAAAGGAGAUAUUUUGUGAAAAGGGAAUUGCAAUGUACAUAUUGUGGAACAAUUGACUGGAAUUUUGUACAAAAGAAAAAUAUGACUGCAAACACUUUUAUUGUCUAGAGCUGUAUGGAGAGCAAACUGUUUUAUACUGGUUAAUUAUUAAAACAUCUUCAUAUAAUUGUU